CAAAGGACGUUGACAAAUAUUAAAGCAGCUUCAUUGAUUGAUUGCUUUCAAGCGAUCAUGAUGGCCUCUAAUGAUGGUGAACAUGAUAACUUCUGCAAGAACAAGUUGUUGUUGAAGCCUGAAGAAGCAAGCAUUCUUGAUCUCAUUUGUGUAUUGUUUUCCUCUAAUUUGGAGAACAGAAAGUUCAUAGAGAAGCACCCACAAGACCAGAAAUGGAGAGAAUUCAACCGGAGGUGGCUGAUUUUCAUUUCUGUUUUGGUUCAGAAAGCCCUUAUUUUGAUUGGGAAGCCCAUGGCUUCAAUCGGGAAUUCGAUCGAGAUGUCAUUGAAUCUUGUUUCCAACAAUGGUGGCCUUUUCAAGCUCGUCUUGAAUCUUAUCCCAGGAAAUGUUGUUGUGUGGCCGGACAGAUCAUCGGCAUCGUUCACAUCGAUGGUAGGGAAUCUUGACACACGCCUUGAAUUAGAUAAAAACAUUAGACAAGGUGAACCAAAGUAUAAGGUAUCACUCUCUUUGAUGGCUUCCAAGUUGUCCUAUGAGAAUCAAUUUUUCAUCAAAAACAUUGUGGAAGAUCACUGGAAGAUGGAAUUCUUGGGAUUCUACAACUUCUGGAAUGAUUACAUGGGCCGGCCGACAACACAAGCGUUCAUGCUCCAAGACACUAGAUCUGACCCAAACCUAAUUGUGGUGGCAUUCAGAGGCACAAACCCAUUUGAUGCGGAUGCGUGGUGCACGGACGUGGAUAUUUCCUGGCACGAGCUUGAAGGAGUGGGAAAGAUCCACAGUGGCUUCAUGAAAGCCCUGGGCCUGCAGAAGAAUCAAGGCUGGCCCAUCAAAGUUGAACAGAACACUGACCACCAGUUUGCUUACUACACAAUCAAACAAAUGUUGAAAACUUUGUUGCAGAAGAAUGAGAAAGCAAAGUUUGUGUUGACAGGACACAGCUUGGGUGGAGCAUUGGCAAUAUUGUUUGCAGCAGUGUUGGUAAUACACGAAGAGGCUUGGUUGUUGGAGAGGCUGGAGAGUGUUUACACGUUUGGGCAGCCAAGAGUGGGAAACAAACAGUUUGGAGAUUUUAUGAAGGAGAAGUUUAGGAAGUACAGUGUGAGGUAUUUGAGGUUUGUUUACAGCAAUGAUAUGGUGCCUAGGUUGCCUUACGACGACACAACUUUGCUUUACAAGCACUUUGGGACUUGCCUCUUUUACAACAGUUGUUACAAGGGAAAGGUCAUGGGGGAGGAGCCGAACAAGAACUACUUCUCUCCGUUAUGGGUGGCUCCGAAGAUUUUAAAUGCCGUUUGGGAGCUGAUAAGAAGCUUUAUAAUCCCUUGUAAAGAGGGUCCAGACUACAGAGAAGGUUGGUUAAUGAAGAUGUUUAGGGUGGUUGGGGUGGCAAUUCCGGGAUUGACCGCUCAUAGUCUUCGGGAUUAUGAUAAUUCUACCAGAUUAGCAUCCCUGCCUUUGUUCUUCCAGCUCCAGGAUCCAAUCUGUGAAGAACAACUUCACAAAGACUAACACGUAAAAACUUCACAGAUAUGCUUUGCUUGUUUUUAAAUUUGAACUUUUUUUGUCUUUCAGCAAUUACAAAUUAUAGCUUAUUUGCUCAUUUCUUCCUCGUUUUAGAUAUAUCUCGUUACCUUAAUAAGUAGCAGAAUUGCAAAAUUCACUCGA